AGUGGAACCUACCUAAAUGGUCGCCGAAGGGGGGCGUCGGGAAUCUGGUGGGGACUUACGAUCUCUGCCAGAGAGUCCUUCAGGAAAUUAUCCAACAGUCACCACAGGGAUCUCUUGUUGGCUGCUCACUGUUCCAUCGUUUAACAAAGAACAACUAAACAACCCUUCACCAUGGCGGACGAUGAGAGAAAGAAACUGGAGGAGGAAAAGAAGAGGAAGCAGGCGGAGAUCGAGCGCAAGAGGGCCGAAGUCAGGGCCCGCAUGGAAGAGGCCUCGAAAGCCAAGAAGGCCAAGAAAGGUUUCAUGACCCCUGAGAGAAAGAAGAAACUUAGGUUGCUGUUAAGAAAGAAAGCCGCUGAGGAAUUGAAGAAAGAGCAAGAACGCAAAGCCGCCGAAAGAAGACGCAUCAUUGAGGAGCGUUGCGGUAAACCCAAGCUCAUCGACGAUGCCAAUGAAGCUGAACUUCAAACUAUUUGUCAAAGCUAUCACCAAAGAAUUGCGAAACUUGAAGGGGAUAAAUAUGACUUGGAAAUAAUCGAAAAGCAAAAAGCCCGUGAGAUCUCCGACCUCAACAGUCAAGUCAACGACCUUAGGGGCAAAUUCGUCAAACCAACCUUGAAGAAAGUCUCCAAAUACGAGAACAAAUUCGCCAAGUUACAAAAGAAGGCCGCUGAGUUUAACUUCAGGAAUCAACUCAAAGUUGUAAAGAAGAAGGAGUUCACCCUUGAAGAAGAAGACAAAGAGAAGAAACCAGAUUGGUCCAAGAAGGGAGAGGAAAAGAAGGAAAACGGGGAAGAAGGCGAAGCCCCGCCUGCAGAAGGUCAACCUCCUGCCGAAGGCGGUCCUGCCCCUGAAGGAGCACCUCCUUCAGAAGGUGCUCCGCCCGCCGAAGGCGCCCCUGCACUUGAAGGAGCCCCACCGGCUGAAGGCGCCCCACCCGCUGAAGGGGCCCCUCCCGCUGAGGGUGCUCCACCAGCCGAAGGGGCCCCACCUGCUGAAGGUGCACCACCUGCAGAAGGCGCUCCGCCCGCAGAAGGUGCCCCACCCGCCGAAGGUGCCCCACCGGCAGAAGGCGAAGCCCCCAAACCGGAAGAGCCCACCGGCGGAUUCGAGACAUUUAAACAACUUGUAAUACACGAAAAUUACGAUAUUAUUGCUUUACCCGAAACAGUCCUAGCCCCCACUGAAAACAAAGAAGUAGUUUCUAUCCCCAAUUAUUCUUUAGUAGAGAACCGUAAGAAUAGUGGCGACGGCGUGGUUUUGUACAUAAAAAAUUCGCUUAAAUAUAAAGUUGUUGAUUUGACAGCCGAUAAUCCGGAAGAGCCUCAGUUGAAUUUCGAUCAACUUUUGGACAAACUGAAACAGAGUGCUGCAGCAGCUCCGGCGACAGAAGGCGAAACACCAGCAGCUCCUGCUGGAGAGGCUCCUGCCGUUCCUGCCGGAGAGGCUCCAGCCGCUCCUGCUGCGGAAGCUCCGGCCGCUCCUGUUGAGGGAGCUCCAGCGGAAGCGCCCCCUGCAGCUGCAACAGCGGAAACACCAGCAGUGCCGGCGGAAACACCUCCUGCUGAAGCACCACCAGCUGAAGCUGCGCCGGCUGCUGAAGCCGCUCCUGCUGAAACUGCCCCUGCUGAACCUGCCGCUGAAACUGAAACUGAGGUGCCGCCAGUUGAAGCAUCAGCUACUCCUAUCAUUGAAGCUGCCGCUUAAAAAUGAAGCCAUAUCUGUGCCGCCACGCUGCUAUUGUUCCACUUUGUUUUAUUAUUGAACUGUUUGAUUUAUUUUAUUGUAGUUUUUGAGAAAUAUAUUAUUUUUUAGACUUUG